ACGCUCCGUGUCUAUGCCAUCAGCAACCGAAGUUCUCUACUCGCUGCUACUACUGCGGCGCUCGGUGUUAUCCCAAUUACGCUCAAUAUCGUGAGCCACGGAGCUGACUAUUGAUAACGCUGACCGAUCUAAACAGAAUUCUUCAGUUCGCGAACACUAGGACGAUAUCAUACGUAGCUGAAAUCGGCACAUCGUCAAUAUGUGAAGAAUCCUUCGAUCUCUCGUCGCAAAGUAGUCGUGGGUGAAUGAAUUUCUUAGCCAUGUCAAACUGGAUGAUCGCAGUGUUCUCAUUUUUAUUGUACUCUCCACAGCAUAGGUCGUCGUUAAUAGUGGCGGACGUCUUGGUUCUUCUGGUCACUUGGUGGCAACUGUGCGGGACUGUGCGAUCAUCCGGACAAGGUCGCAAUCGCUCUGCUCUUGUAGCCCUUUUACUGAGAGACAGCACCUCGUACUUCAUACUGUUGCUUUUGCUCAAUAUCUCGCAAGUCAUGGCGCAACUGAUGCUCGCUGACUUCAAUCCGAUCCCCAAUCUCAUGCUCCCCAUAAUCAAUAUCGUGAUUUCUAGGCUAAUCCUCAGUCUGCGCCGACUUUCGUUCACCAUGCGCCUACCACUGUACAAUGGAAGUGCUACCAACGUGCUAACAGUAGAUAUGCAAGAAUCCGUCCGGCAAUCCUUUCUAUCGACGGUGUUCUUCCGCAUAGGCUCUAAUGGUCGAGGGAGCAACGCUAGUUCGGGACGUCCAGUGCCGCAAGAGCUGUCAUUGCUCAGACUAGAAGGGUCGCUCGAAGCCAUUCAUGUCCCUUGGCACGUAAAGCCAGUGGAUGCAUGUGAAAUUGAAGACGAGAAGGAGCAUGGAUAUUGAGUUUCAUGGAUGAGGGGGACUACGCAACGUUCAGAUUACUUUCAUCCAUAAUGUAAUCGUAUACAACAGUCUGUACAGGUUUCUUAUAGCAUUCGGUGCGCUCGCGCGAGGACU